AUGGCAACCCCGGCCGUUUUGGCUGUGGAGACUUCCUGCCUGAAUGCGGAGAAAACCUUGGCUGCCCAGUUCGGCUCACGAGGAAGUUGGGAGCAAAACGUCAGUGCUGUUGGAGUUCAAGGCACAUCAACACACUGUCCCUGCGUCACAGUCUUUCUCCCUCCGUUUCUCUGGCAGGACAGGGUAUUCCGCUCCGUCUUUUUGAUGAUCCAUCCGCUCAAUACUCAAAAAACUCGAGGAGGUAUCGCGAUUGGUAAAAUCACUUGCCAAGGAUAUAAAAACAAGCCAUUUUCAAGCUUCUCAACGUAUCGAGAUUCUCCAGCAGCUUCGAAUCCAUGGACGGAAACCGGAAAAUGCAGACAGCAUGUAUUCAAGAGAGGUACGAUCGGGGAAAAAAAAGAAGGGGGGAUAAAGGUACUGGCUUAUUAUGGCUUUGACGUGAAAUCCUCCACCGUAUCGCGCGAGGCUCUCCGUUGUCUCGCAAAUGCCCUCCUCCUUGAACCAAGCAUGCGCCAGAUAUUUGUGGACUUGGGAUACGGGCCUAACCUCGCAGAUCGGCUCAAGGAAGAAAAUUCUGAUGAUGAAUUUUUGGCAUCGCGUUUGCUAUUCCUAGCCACCUACGACACUGAUUUAGACUUUGAUAAAUUGUUUGAUAACAACAAUCUCGGGGAAUAUAUCAAUAAUCACAUAUAUCGACAUUCGAAACGAUUCUCCAAAGCCAGAAAGAAGAAGCUCGAUCAAAUGGAUGAGCUUGCACUCUCAGAAACGUUAAAACUGAUGUUCAAUAUCACCAACUUCUACCCUCACCGAGUUGACGCAUUCUCGCCUUCAAUUCCGUAUAUUUUGAAGAUACUAAGCCGCAUUGAAAUACCCACCCCGCCGCUCCAGGCCCCUGUCAACUACCUCAUCAACUCCCUUCUUAACCUCGACCUUGAAGCAAAGAAAAGCAAACACUUCGGGACAAACCCCUUGUUUCCCAAAUUCGACCAGAACUGCAAUGUAGACAAGUUGAUAAAUAUUCUAGAUCAAGCUGUCGCGAUGCAUAAACCCCAACACCUCGAAAGUCUAGCCGUACCUCUUCUCACAUUGUUACGGAAAAUCUAUUCCUUCGCACCUGAAGGCCCAAAAAAAUAUAUGGAAUGGCUGCUCCUUCCUGAAGAUGACGACCAUGACCUUCCUAUCGGCAAAUCAAAUACACUCUCCUCUCGCCUCCUGCGUCUAUCAACUUCGCCUGUAGCCCCAAGUCUCCGUGAAGGCAUAUCCGCUCUGAUGUUCGAACUUUCUGGUAGCGAUGCAACUGAUUUUGUGAGAAAUGUUGGGUAUGGAUUUGCUGCCGGUUUCCUCAUGUCGCAUGAUAUGCCGGUUCCAGAGACAGCCAAAGAAGCAUUCAGCACCAGUGCUGGUGGGCUUGAUCCAAAUCUGAAUCCCAUUACUGGGCAGAGAUGGGAUGCGGAACCCCAAGAUGGAGGCCCGGAAAUGACAGAGGAGGAAAAAGAGCGAGAAGCAGAGAGAUUGUUUAUUUUGUUUGAAAGGCUAAAAGCUACCGGUGUGGUUGACGUAGAAAAUCCUGUCAGUGCUGCUCUCCAAACGGGGCGAUUUGAAGAACUGGACUGAAGUCCGUAGUUUACGAAAUAUCCUUAUCUGGUGUUUUGAAAUAUACUCCCACCUGUUUUUGCUGGUUAUACUAAAUGGGUUUCUCUUUUUUUGCUUUAUUUGAUUACAGUUCCAAAUUACCCCAUAUGAAUGCAUCAAUCGUGUGCUAUCUUUCUCCGCUUGAUAUAUCCCCUACGUACCAGCCAUUGAUUUAAACGCCAUUAUAAACCUUGAUAAUUGUGUAUCCGGCAUUAAUAUGCAAUUCCCAAUCCAAUGAGAGUG